AUGGCAAUUAUUUAUAAAAAUAAUAUGAAAACACAUAGAUAUAAUUCAUAUUCUAAUGAUUUAAAUAGAGGAAAAAUGGAAUGUAGAAUAUCUCGUAGAUCUAUUCUUUUUAUAUCAUUAAGUUUAUGUGUAAUUUCGUUAUUUUAUAUAUCUUUAUUGAAUAUAUAUGAAGAGAAUAUAGUUCAAUAUAGAAAAAAUAUUGAAAUAAUGUCACGAAAUUUAACUGAAAUUGAAAAUGAAAGCAAUAAUAAUAUGCAAAGAAAAAAUACAAUGAAUCAUUCGGAUAAAACAAAUGAAAGUUCCAAAAAUUCAUAUAAUAAUGAAACAGUUACAUUAGAAAAUAAACCAUAUAAUGAUUUGUCAAAGAAUUUAACAGAAAAGGAAUUAUUUGAUGUGCUAAAGUCAUUAGAAGAAUGUCCAUCCAAAGAAGAUCUUAUAAAUAUAUGGGCUCAUACACUUGGUGUUGCAAACGAAGAUUUUGAAAAUAUAAACAAAUCUUUAAAGGGAUUUAUGGAAAAAUAUUUAGAUAAUGAUGUUUAUAAGAAUUCUGUUAAUAGUAGUGUACGAAAAUAUAUAUAUAAAUGGAUAUGGGGAAGAAUUAUUUGGACGUUUUAUAGAACAGUAGCAACUGAAGAGGUAGAAUACACUAAAAAUUUUUAUAGUUUAAUUAAAGGUGAUCAUACACUUGAUGAUAUAUUAAAAUUUAUUUACUCAUUCUUAGAAUAUUUUCAAAUAUUAAAAAAAGAAUUACAUGAAAAAAAUCAAACGGAACUAUUACAUAAAAUGGCUAUAUUAUUGAAUGAAAAUCAUUAG